CACUUGUUUCCUUCAAUCCCAGGAAGGAGGUGAUAGCAUGAAGGCAAAACAAGGGGGGACACAACCAGACCCGUAAAGGGAUUGAAAUUUAAAAAACGGAGGAUAAAUUGGGUAAAAGGGAGAUAGGGAAGAUGAACAUGCAUAUGCUUGUUGUUUGAUGCGGCUUCGCUGAAGGCAUGUGGCUGCCUGCACUGAGCAUUUCCCUCCACGUUCUCCAGCUGACUGGUGGAAGAUCUGCAUUCAUGUGGCUGAGCGCUACAUGAUUUAUCUCCCCAAAAUAACGUGAGAAAUCUUCCUUCGCUCCACUCGACGCAGACGUAUCUAUACAACUAUAAGCUGGCUGAUGCACUGACCUCGGGCUUUUGGUGAACGGAUCUAAAUCAGUUUGAACAACGUUAAGGACUGAGACAGCCAAUGUGGGGCUCAGGAAGUGUAAACCGACCGGCGCCGGUCCCUGCCUUCCUCAGGAAUCCAUCUGUCCUCCCACCCCCACUGGACAUGAAACCCUUUCUCCAGUUUCCCCUGGAGUCUCCUCACCCGGCCAGCAUCGGCCUCUUCCACAACUUUAAUGCAAUGGACCCUGUCCAGAAGGCCGUGAUGACCCACACCUUCGGACCACCUAUUGUGAAGACAAAGAGGCCAAUUAUCUCCUGCAACGUUUGUCAAAUACGCUUCAAUUCAGAGAGUCAAGCAGAGGCCCAUUAUAAAGGGAAUCGCCAUGCUCGAAGGGUGAAGGGCAUCGAGACAUCUAAGACAUCACGUGUACAAGACGGAGAUAAACAGCAGCCUCUGCCUCCAACCUCACCCCUCCCACCAGGCAUCCCACCAUCCAGCCUGAUGCCUGAUUCUAACCCCAACAAACAGGAUGAUUCUCAGUCUUGUCCCAGCCUGAAGGAGUCUCCCUUAAACCCCAACGACCUCCCAUCAACUCCAAUCAACUCAGCAGAUGUAGAGUCAUCUGUCGGCACACCUUUUCCAUCCUCUCCCUCCUCUUCAGCAGCCCUCAGUAGCUCUUCGGGAGACCCAGCAGCAGCUGCUCUACCUGACACCCCCUCCCCUGCACCGAGCCAAUCUUCAGGAGAGUCAGAGGAGGAGAAAGCCAAGAAGCUUCUCUACUGCUCUCUCUGCAAAGUAGCAGUUAAUUCCCUCUCACAGCUGGAGGCACAUAACAAAGGAACCAAACAUAAAACAAUCCUGGAAGCUCGAAGUGGACUGGGACCCAUUAAAGCGUAUCCACGUUUGGGUCCUAAACCCAGCCCUGAGCAGGGAGGCGAGCUCUCCUCUGAUCCAAACACUCAGGAACGCACCUUCCACUGUGAGAUAUGCAAUGUCAGAGUCAACUCUGAGCUGCAGCUUAAACAGCAUAUAUCGAGCAGAAGGCAUCGAGAUGGGGUUGCAGGUAAACCUAAUCCUCUUCUCAGUCGGCACAAGAAGCGCACAGACUUUAUGGAACUUCAAAAAUCCCUAGGACCUGGGCUUUUACCAAGUCCUUUGGCUGUCGCAGCAGCGAUGGCAGCAGCAGCUUCAUCCAAUCAGCUGGCCCUACGCCCUCCUGGACUGACCUCCCAUCCUCAUACACACCUGCUACAGGGAACACCACUCAGCUUGCUGAGGCCUGCCCCUGGUCCCAUCCGCACCACACAUGGGCCCAUACUCUUCACUCCUUACUAACAGUAAGGGAAAUAAACCUCAAUCAGGAAGAAGCACACUGUGAACUGGAGGCAACCAUGUGCCAUUGAUAGCCAAACUGGCUGGUCUGGCUGUACAUUUUAUUUUUAUUUAUAUGAAAUAUAAAUAUUUCUCCUCAUUGUGUUUAGAUGUUUCUAUCCUCUCUGGUUUCCCUUCGUUACUUGGGUACCAGAUGGUGAUCCAAACCCACGAGUUGACAAUUUAAAGAGGACUUCUUCAAGUAUUUAAAGUCUGCAUUUAAAUGUCAACAGUAACUAUAUAGUGCCUUCAAAAUGUAUUUAUUCUCCUUGAAUGGUUUUUUAUUUACUUUUUUUGUGGGAUUUUAAUUUAUUGAUUCAACUCAAAGUCCACAAAAUACAGACCCAAAAAUAAAAAAUCUGAGAAAGCAGUGUUUUCUUUUGUGUUCAGACCCUCUAAGUAUGAUUUUCUGGAGUCGUGUUUGCUGCAUUUAAAGCUGCAAACUACAGGUCUUCAUAAAUCUUCUAAAUAUUAUUACAAUUACUAUUGCUCUGGCAAAGAAAGCCCAAAUCUGGGUCAGUUGCAUGGCUGGUGUCUGUGAACAGCAGUUAACAAGUCUUAACAUAUAUUUUCAAUCAGAUGUAGUUUUAACUUCCAUCACCACAGGCACUCAUUCUCCUGGAAAAUUAACCUCCAUUC